ACCAGGAUGUUGUUGCUUUCAAUUAUUUGGUUUAACGUGUUAACUACACUAUAUGCUUAUCAACGCACCAAUACUGGUGAUGAAUUAUCGUCUCGUAUUUUGUACGGGGAAAGGGCCAACAUAAGUGACUAUCCAUUCUUCGCCUUCCUCUCACAUUGUGGCGCUGCAAUCAUCUCGGACCGGUGGCUGGUCACAGCUGCUCACUGUGUUAAUAAUAACAGCGGCCCGGUAUGGGUAGGGGGCGAUAGUUUACAAAGCAGCCAACUUUACAAGUACGAUAAAGCUGUCGUCCAUCCUCAAUACAAGGAAAUUAUUUUUACCAUUCCUGUCAAUGAUAUUGCGCUGCUAAGGCUGUCUCGACCGUUGACGUUCACCAGCACCGUAAAAGCAAUAACACUGCCAAAACAAGACUAUGAACGGAAUACCAUCCAUGCAUUUGCUGGGAAGGGGACUAACGAGAGGAGGCAAAUGUCCAAAUACCUGAUGACAAUGAAUGUCCGCACUGUAAAACAAGACGAGUGUUUAUCUCACCUACCUAUCUAUCUGCGUUCCCAUUUAAAACCAUAUUUGAAUCAUUUGUCAAAAGUCACUAUUUGCUCUGCAAGGACGGCAGAUAAACCUGGGAUAUGCUUUGGUGACUCCGGCAGUCCUCUCGUCCGUAAUAACACCCUCGUAGGACUCGCGUCCUUCAUAUCGGACACAAAUUGCAGGAGGGCUAAACUCGGCUUGUUCGCCAAUGUCGCUCCCUUCGUGAGCUGGAUUACAUCCGUCACUGGAGUUGAAUAA